AUGACGAGCGAACUUCAGCACUGCGCUAAUCUCCGCAAUCAUUUUGCUAAUCCGAUGCGUCGAAGCGUCGUCGAAAAGUAUUACGACUGUCUCCAAUGUGCCGAGCAAUGUCGUCACACCGUUACCAAUAAUAAUAAUAUUAUUAAUAAUAACAAUAACAAUAAUAAUAAUAAUAAUAAUAAUAAUAAUAAUAGUAGUAACAAUAAUAAUAAGAAUAAUGCCAAGAGUAGUAACAAUAAUAAUAAUAAUAAUAAUGGUAGUAGUAGUAGUUAUAAUAAUAGUAAUAACAAAGGUAACAAUACAAAAAGUAGGAUCAAUGGUAAUAGCAAAGAACGUCCAGGUUCGAAUUUGGACACCUGUUCUAUCAAGAGCAAGGAUUCUAACAGAAUGUUAACGCCCUAUAAUGACUCAACGAGACGUUAUAACGCUCGUAGCAAUGACCAAUUAAUGAAAUAUCUAUCGAGGAAUCAUCAGAUUCACUUGACACCAGCUAGAAAAAGAUCAUCCUUGGCUCGGCCGGUUCGCGUUCACGAUUCCUUCGUUCAACCAAAGAAACUUAUCGCCAGUGGUUACACCGUCCAACAUAAUCGUCAAUAUCAACAAUUUUAUCAAAAACAGGAACUACAAAAUCGCCAACAGCAACAACAACAACAACAACAACAACAACAACAACAACAGCAACAACAACAGCAACAGCAGCAACAACAACGACGUCAUCAGGAAUUAGUUCAAAGACAACAUGAACAACAACAAAAUCAAAGCACGUCUAAUGUACACGAUUACGCGUACGAGGAUGAGGAACAUGUCGAGGAGGAGAUAACAUGGCCGAUACGAUUUAGGCUCGAGCAAAUGCUCGAAUUAACCUUACCUCAGGCGAAGAGACGUAAAAAGAAGAAAAAAAAGAAAACUACUACGAUGAUGUUGCUGAAGCAGGAACAAAAUAACAGACACGGUUUCAAGGACACCGAGAGAUUACUCAAGGUGCUCAGCAUCAACAACGUGGACCAAGAUAAUAGGUACAACGUUAAACGGUGUUCCAUCAUGUAACAGACAUUAUUGGAACAUACCGUUCUCUAUUUAUUAUCUUUAUCAUUACACACACACACACACACACACACAUAUGUGUGUGUGUGUGUGUGUGUGUGUGCAUCGUUAUAUCAUAUACCGCAUUUUGAUCGAAAUACGACGAACCUUUUUGAUCCUUCUCACAGCAUCAUGUUUCAUAAUAUUUUUCUUUUCUUUUCUUUUUCUUUUCUUUUUUCUUCAUUUUUAUUUUUCUGUUUCUUAUCGAUUACAUUGUUAACGAGAUGAUUCAGAUUUCGUUAUUAUAAUUCUUUAUUAUAAUUGUUUUAAUCUUUGUAGCUGAUUCGUUAAAUCGUCGGCCUAGAAACAUGUUAUUACAUAAAUAUAUUCAUAUAUACAUACAUACAUACAUACAUACAUACAUACAUAUAUACAUACAUCCAAGCCUAUUUAUAUUUUCGUGUUUUAUUUAAACGAGUAUCGAAGCAUUUUGUUUGAACGUUCCGUAAAACACUCGAUAAAAAUAUAUGUGAAAAUUAAAUCACAUCAAUGAUCCGAGCAUUUAUGUAUAUUACUUUUCUUCUUUAUUCAAUAAUUACUUCUUUGAUAUAUAUAUAUAUAUAUAGCUUUGCAGUUGAUAAUUUAUUUUAAAACACUAUAAGAUUAUUUGCACCGUAAGAGAAAGAGAGAUUCAUUAUCCUCUAAUCGUCGUUGUCUAAUGAAUGCUUUCAUCGUAAUCUCGCCGAAUAUAAUAUUCUAAUCCUGUUAUAAAAAUCUGACUCUCUUUCUCUUAACUCUCUCUCUCUCUCUCUCUCUCUCUCUCACUCUUUCUCCUCGAAUUCUUUAUACUCUUAACAAAAAGAAAGAAAG